ACAACACGAACAAGAACAAGAAGAACAACUACAAUCAUUGUCUAAUAAUGAAGCCACAAUCGACAACUAAGAAGGUAGCCCCCGAUGGCGGCUGGGGAUGGGUAGCCUGUUUUGGCGUAAGUUUGGUCAAUUUGGCCACACGAUCCAUAGAGCCUUCAUUUGGAUUACUUUUUGGAGAUUUAUUACGUGAUCUCGAUGUAGGAACCACUGGAGCAGCUGUCAUUAUCAGUACUCUGGAUGUGUGCAUGAACUUUUCAGGCCUAUUUGUGGGACCUUUGCUGAAGGAGUUUUCAUAUCGCAAGGUCGCCAUAGCCGGGUCAAUACUUUGUGCUUUGGGUUUGGCAUGUACAAGCCCUGCAUCCAGCAUGGCCCAUAUUAUUAGCACAUAUGGCGUCCUCAAUGGCAUUGGUGUGGGUUUGGCCACUUCAGCUGCUUUUGUAGCCCUCAAUCACUACUUUAAACAUAAACGAGGCCAAGCGGUGGGUCUAUCUAUGGCUGGCACUGCAAUGGGCAUGUUAAUCAUGCCUCAGCUGGUGCGAAUUCUACUCGAGGCUUUCGGAUUUAGAGGAGCUGUCCUCUUACUGGCUGGCAUUGCUUUAAACGCCACUGUCGGUUCAGUUCUGUUACAGCCGGCUAAAUGGCAUAUGAAGGAGGAAAAGGUUGACGAGGAAAUGAUGGCCAUUGCUCCCAUACCAGAAUUCAAAGUCAUUCAAGAGGAUGGAACAGAAGAAGAUGCUCUGCCCGAAAUGAAUACGCUGCUCUUCCACAAACAUAACCAACUACAAAAUUCGAUGCGUAAAAAUUAUUCGGAAAUAGCUAUGAAUACAAUGAAUGGUUCACGCAUGGGUUUACCCAAACGACCUACCUUCCCACGAAUUAUGUCCUUGGCCGGUGUCCAAUCGGCCGAAAGUGCAUACAUGUCCAAUCACGAUGUGAGCAUGCAACUGAGGCACCGCAAACAAUCUGUAACAUCUAACUUAUCAUAUAUGGACUUCACCGGAUCAAUCCUACAAGUCCAUAUGAAUGUGGGUGAUGACGAAUUCGAACAGAAUGAUCGCGAGCUGAAGCGGGUCAGCACUGCAACGGGAACCAUUAUGAGUGGCCAUCGCGACUCCUUUAUCAAAAUGAAACCCACCGAAAUGGAAAAGGCUGCUGAUAAUGCGGCACAGAACGAGAAAAAGCCAGGAUUUUGGGUUCGAUUUGCUGAUCUCAUGGAUGUAGAUUUGCUCAAAGACAAAAUGUUUCUCAACAUCCUGUUUGGCCUUUCGAUUUUCUACGUGGCGGAAAUGAACUUUAAAAUGGUGACACCCUUCUUCUUCGCCGAUUUGGGCUAUGACAAAAAGGAUGUGGCCUUUUGCCUUUCCAUUACCGCCAUUACAGAUAUUGCUGCCCGUAUUGUUUUGCCACCAAUCUUUGAUCGCACUAACAUUAAAAAACGUACCGUAUUCCUUGUGUCCAUUAUAUUUGUUGCCAUCACCCGGUCAAUCAUGGCCGAACAGACAGACUGGACCCAGCUGAUGAUAUGGCUGUCGAUAUGCGGUUUCUUUAGAGGAUCAGCACUCAGUAAUUUUACGCUAACGGUUUCUGAGUACUGUUCCCUGGAGAAACUGCCGUCAGCUUUUGGUUGGCAUUUGGUGGGCAAAGCUGUUUUUGUUAUAUGCUUUGGUCCCUUGAUAGGUCUCAUUCGUGAUGUUACUCAAAGCUAUCCUAUUUGCAUUCAUGCACAAAGUGUUUGCAUUUUCCUAUGUGGUAUUGCCUGGGGCAUAGAAUACAUUAUAGAUUACUCACGUCGCAGGAAGGUUCAAAAUGGGGCGAACGGCGAUGUCACCGAUGCUCCAACCACAGACAACAAACAAUAG